AUGCCACCAGGCAGCGCAAGUACUCUUCUCGGUCUGUGGUUUGUCGGACUUUUCUUAGACUUGUACCUCCAGGGCAUCCUGUCUGCUCAGACGGACAAGCUGACUGUUCGCGCGUCCGUUGGGUUUCUUGCUUUGAUCACGACGCUCGAGUCAAUUCAGAGAGAACUGACCUGGCGGAAAAGUGCCAUCGUCUGGGUCCAGCUGGUAGAAGAUUUUGCAGAUAUUCAAAGUGCUGGUCAAUCAUUAGUCACGGCGUGGUACGAAGUCGGCAAUCCAUUGAUGGUCGCUCUCAUCAGUUUUUACGUUCAAUGUUAUUAUUGUUAUAGAUUGUGGAUCAUAUCGGAGAGGUGGUGGAUAGUUCUGCCAAUCAUGCUGGUCUGCAUAUUUGCUAUCAUCGCCGCCAUAUUGACUGUAAGUACCCGGGUAUACCAGAAGAAUAGUGCAAUCCUUUUUCUACGCGCCUGGACUCACUCUAUUGAAGUCGCAGAUGUGUUUCUGGCGGCGACAACAGCUUUUUUCCUCCUGAAGACCAGAAGGAACGUUCUGGCACAAACUAAAGGCAUGAUCAACGCACUGGUACGACUCACGUUCCAAACAGCAACGCCUGCCGUCAUAUACGUCCUUCUCACCAUGAUCUGCGUCUACCUUCCGAUGGGCAAACCUAGAGCUCUACCCAAGCUGUAUGCUAUCAGUAUGAUGUGGACCCUCAAUGCCCGGAAAGACAUUCGUGUCUUCUACUAUGACAGCUCGACCUCCAGGACGCAUUCGCGGUCCCAAAGACCUACUCUCACGGGUAGAUAUUCAAUUCAAGUUCUUACUCGUACGGAGGUCCUCCAGAUGUCGGAUGCGGAUACGCAUACAGAGGCCACAGCCAGAAAAAGUGAAGAAGAGGCGUCCAUUCAAAAGAAGCAAAUUGAAUAAAUUCCUAGAUUCUUAAAUAUAUUGUGGGUGAUCAUGACUACAGAUUAAAGCGGUUUCAUUAUUAGCGUCAUUCUAA